AUGGGCUACACAGAUAGGUUUGGAGCAGUCACCGACGAAGACGAUGACGAGUCGUUAGAUUUAGAUUUCGAGAGCGACUCAGACGUAAUUGACGACCUGGACAAUCAGAGCAUCUCACCAGACCGUUCCUCUGAUGUUGACAACUCAAGCGUUACUUCUAGCUCGGGAAAUGAUGAGUUUCAGAGUUCGUAUUUGGAUUUUGAUCCCAAAACGGACAAAUUCAACUCUAGCUCAGCAGAGAGCACAUAUGACAGUGAUGGCGUACCGAAAUUGCAGUAUAAUUGUCUCACUACUGAUCAAAUAUAUGAACUAAUGGUUGCCAGACUAGAACGAAUACAGCCGAUCUUUCAGCUAUCCCAUGGAGACAUCAUAGUGAUGCUUCAGAAAUACGCCUGGAGCGAAGAAAGGUUGCUGGAAGACUGGACAGAGGAUCAAGAAAAUGUGCUUAUUACGUGCGGAUUGAAAGUUGAAAAGGAGUCUGAUGGACUUCGAGGCAUCCAAACUCACUCUGAUUUUUUGUGUCACAUAUGCUGCGAGUCGAAUAAGCAAAAAACAUUCCGAUUGGAGUGCGGUCAUGAAUACUGUGUGGAGUGCUAUGAACAUUACAUCAAGGACAAGGUACCUGAGGGCAAAAUAAUAACGUGCAUGAGCUGUCCACUGGCCUUGAAGAACUCUGACAUAGACGACAUUCUUGGUGACAGUUCGAGUCUCACGUUAAUGAAAUCUUCCAUCAAGGGUUUUAUUCAAAAACACAGUAAGAAUUACAAAUGGUGUCCGUUUGUCGAUUGCAACUGCAUUAUCCAGGUAAGCAAUAUAUCGUCGCUUGCAGAAUUCCCACGUUUACACCUUUCCCCUUAUGUGGUGUGCGAAAAUAAGCAUCGGUUUUGUUUCAAAUGUGGGCUAGAAGUGCAUUCGCCUGGUGAUUGCCAUGUAGCAGAGCAAUGGGUGAAAUUGGCACAAUUGGAGUGCGCAAAUCUCAACUGGGUUCUCAAGAAUACUAAAGAAUGCCCGAAAUGUGGUGUAAAUAUUGAAAAAAAUGGGGGUUGUAACCAUAUGACGUGUCAAAGCUGUAGUUAUCAAUUUUGCUGGAUUUGCGAGCAAUGCUGGACGGGUCAUGGUGGGGGAUUUUACGAGUGUACUCAUUUCAAGAAAGACGAUAAACAAGGAUCCGCGGACUCUAAAAACUCAUUGAGAAAGUACACAUUCUACUAUAAACUGUUCAGUGAACAUGAAAAUUCCGUGAAGUUGGAUUGGACUUUGGGCUUGACCGUUGAGCAGAAAGUGAAAGUGCUUCAAGAAAACAUGGGCAUUUCUUGGAUCGAGACCCAGUUUCUAUCAGAAAGUAUCAGAGCCCUUCUUGACGGACGAACUAUCCUGAAGUGGUCUUUUCCAGUGGUCUUUUACGCGGAUCCGUCUCAUAACCUGACGAAGAUCUUCGUCGAUAAUCAAGCUUUAUUGGUAAGCGCGGUUGAAGAAUUGUCCAAGCUUUUACAGAUCAAAGAGCCUCAAGAGAUCAUUGACAAAAAACUGGAGUUUUACAACAAGGCAAGGUUCGUGCAAAGCCGAGGUAAAGCAUUAGCUGGUUGUGGGCGAGAUCUUUUGUGCAAAGGAAUUUGCGUACCGUUUAAGUGA